AUGCGAUUAUUCAUAUUUUGGAUAUUAGCUAUCUAUAUUGGGCUAGUUCUGUCUGAUUAUGUCUUUGAUGGUGAAUAUUAUUUUGAAGAUACUUUUCCCAUUAUUGAUGAUUUAGCGAUCAUGGAAGAAGGAACAGUUAUUACAUUUUACAAUGUCUAUGAAAUUUUUGUAAGCAUAGGUUUAAUUGUUUACCCAAAUGCUUAUGUUACUAUAACUAACUAUGAACCAUUUGCUGGACAUUUUAUUGGAGAUGGUCGACCGGGUUCGGUUUGGCAAGUUGAUGGUACAAUCAUAGUAGAGGCAAGAAAUCAAGCUUUAAUUAAUUAUUAUGGAUCCAACGUGGAGAUAUUUGAUAAUAAUGGUUUGACAUCUCUUUAUGCUGACGGGCAGUCAGACUUUUUACAUGUUAAAAAUAAUAAUCUUAUGUUUAUCAACUCGCAAGUAUUUCAAAUCGAAAAAGGUUUACCAGGUCUUGCUGUAUUUGAAAUGGGGUCAACUGGUGCUGCACAAAAUCUUGGAACCAUUUGUUUGAAAAACACGGAAUUUUUAAAUAAUAUGAGACUUGAAGGUCCUGGUUGUUUGGUGGUUGACAAUUCUUUGGUAAAAAGUUUAAAUACUAAUUUAAAUGAUCAAGAGCAUACUCUUUAUAUGACUAAUGGUGCUAAAUUAUUUGAAAAUGCAAUCGUUUCAGGAACAAGAUGGCUUAUUUUUGGAUUUGAAAGAGGUAUGGUUAUUUCAAUAAGUGAUACUAUUGCCGAGGAUUGGAGUUAUACGCUGGCUAGUGGUGUUUUAAGAAUUACUGCUGUAAGUUCCAGAAACAUUCAUAGUUAUACAAUUGGUACAGGUUACAAUGCAGCUUUAUUCAGAAUUGUUGACGUGAAUGGAAGAGCUGGUAGUGGAAUAACUUAUGACGGAGAUGCACCAGUACAAGUUAUUCCACAACAUUGUCUAGAUUGUUCAUUUAAAGAAUCCGAUAUUGAAUAUGAAAGAGUUGUUGAUGUAGAUCCUGACCAAACUACUACUUAUGUAACAACAUAUGCGUCGCAAGAUGCUACAGGUAUACCUUAUUUAAUUACUGCUUUAGUGUUACAAUCCACUGAUGUCGAGGCUUCAAUGGCUACUGAGCUGUAUACAGGAGUGACUGGUUUGGAAACUAUUAAUGACAGAGUAACCAUUGAUGGGAAUGAAAUAUACGAUGUUCAAAUUCUUAGAUAUGGGUUUGAAGAUGGAAGUACUUAUGAUUUUACAUCAACUUCUUAUCAGGAGAUUACUUCAUAUACCACUACUGUUCCUGAAGGUACUGCUGUUGUAAUGGUAACAUCGGAUAGUAUAAAUUGGUGGUAUACAACUACAGAUAUUUUCUCAUCAUAUACCAGUACAAUCACAUUAAAUGACGAAAACAAUCAAGCUACUCGUAUAGUAUAUGUAUCAACAGAUUCUGAGGGAGAUUGGACUAAAUCUACAUCCACACAUACUCCACGAUCACAAACUGGGUUUACAACAUAUACUACCACUGUUAAUGAUGAAGAAGUUACAAUUACUGGAUUAUUUGAAAAAUCGACCAAUGAAGCCGGUAAUUGGGCUAGUGCUACAUUUGUAGAAGUGAUUGAAACUACCACAUUCACCCAAAGAAUUGUUACCGAAAUUGAAGAUACAAUACAAACCAAAGAUGCAGAAAUAGUUGGAUAUAAUUAUGAAGGUUUUGGAAUGUAUUACUUAACAUCAAUAUUAGCAGAUCCAACAGAGGCCAGGUAUACAACAACAGCUGAAGAUGGAGCAUAUACAGGAAUAGUUAGAGUCACUUCAGAUGAAGAAAAUUGGUGGUAUACUACUACGGAUACAUUGUCAUCUUAUACAAGUACAUUCACAAAUGAUUACAGUUUCAGUCAAGUAACGUAUAUUGCUUAUGCAUCAACCGAUGAAGGAGGAGAUUGGGUGUCUUCUACUGCAACACAUACACCAGAAUCACAAACAAGUUUAACAACAUAUACGACAAUUGUUAUUGAAGAUCAAUUUACAGUUACUGCAUUAAUUGAAAAAUUCACUGAUGAUCAAGGAGGAUGGGUAACUACUACGUAUACAACAUUUUUUGAAAGUACUACAUAUACAGAACGUAUUGUUGGAUUAAUUGAUGGAGCUACACAAACCAAAGACGUGGAAGUCGUUGGAUACAAUUAUGAUGGUUAUGGAGUUUAUUAUUUCUCAUCUAUAUUAGAUGAUCCGACUGAGACUAGAUAUACAGUGACUGAAGCAGAAUUUACAGGAAUAGUUAGAGUAACUUCGGAUGAAGAAAAUUGGUGGUACACUACAACCGAUAUAUUAUCAUCAUACACAAGCACUGUUACCAUUAAUGAUGAUUUUGAACAAGCAACUCACAUUGUAUAUGCAUCAGUCAAUGAAGAUGGAGAAUGGAUUACAUCUACUUCAACGCAUACUCCAGAAUCCCAAACUAGAUUAACAACAUACACUACAAGUGUUGAUGAUGAAGAAGUUACAAUGACUGGAUUAUUCGAGAAAUCAACUAAUGAAGCAGGUAACUGGGCUAGUGCUACAUUUGCAGAAGUAAUUGAAACUACAACAUUUACUGAGAGAAUAGUCACUGAAAUAGAAGGAACAAUGCAAACCAAAGAUGCGGAAGUUAUAGGAUAUAAUUAUAAUGGAUUUGGAAUGUACUACUUAACAUCAAUAUUGGCAGAUCCAACUGAAGACAGAUUUACAGUGACUGAAGCAGAAUUUACAGGAAUCGUGAGAGUAACUUCAGAUGAAGCAAAUUGGUGGUAUACUACAACAGAUAUAUUAUCAUCAUACACUAGCGCUUUUACUAUUAAUGACGAUUUUGAACAAGCUACUCAUAUAGUAUAUGCAUUCAAUGAAGACGGAGAAUGGAUCACAUCUACUUCAACACAUAUUCCAGAAUCACAAACUAGAUUAACAACAUAUACUACUAGUAUUGAUGAUGAAGAAGUCACAAUCACAGGAUUAUUCGAGAAAUCAACUAAUGAAGCAGGUAAUUGGGUUAGUGCUACAUUUGCAGAAGUAAUUGAAACUACAACAUUCACUGAAAGAAUAGUAACAGAAAUUAAUGGUGUUUCACAAACCAAAGAUGCCGAAGUUAUAGGAUACAAUUAUAAUGGAUUUGGAAUGUACUACUUAACAUCAAUAUUAGCAGACCCAACAGAAGCUAGAUUCACGGUGACUGAAGCUGAUUAUACAGGAAUAGUUAGAGUAACAUCAGAUGAAGAAAAUUGGUGGUAUACUACAACAGAUAUAUUAUCAUCUUACACAAGUACUUAUACUAUCAAUGAUGAUUUUGAACAAGCUACCCACAUUGUAUAUGCAUCAAUUAAUGAAGAUGGAGAAUGGAUCACAUCUACUUCAACACAUACUCCAGAAUCACAAACUAGAUUAACAACAUAUACUACUAGUAUUGAUGAUGAAGAAGUCACAAUCACAGGAUUAUUCGAGAAAUCAACUAAUGAAGCAGGUAAUUGGGUUAGUGCUACAUUUGCAGAAGUAAUUGAAACUACAACAUUCACUGAAAGAAUAGUAACAGAAAUUAAUGGUGUUUCACAAACCAAAGAUGCCGAAGUUAUAGGAUACAAUUAUAAUGGAUUUGGAAUGUACUACUUAACAUUAAUAUUAGCAGACCCAACAGAAGCUAGAUUCACGGUGACUGAAGCUGAUUAUACAGGAAUAGUUAGAGUAACAUCAGAUGAAGAAAAUUGGUGGUAUACUACAACAGAUAUAUUAUCAUCAUACACUAGCACUUUUACUAUUAAUGACGAUUUUGAACAAGCAACUCAUAUUGUAUAUGCAUCAGUUAAUGAAGAUGGAGAAUGGAUCACGUCUACUUCAACACACAUUCCAGAAUCACAAACUAGAUUAACUACAUACACUACUAAUGUUGAUGAAGAAGAAGUCACAAUGACUGGAUUAUUCGAGAAAUCAACUAAUGAAGCAGGUAAUUGGGUUAGUGCUACAUUCGCAGAAGUAAUUGAAACCUUAACAUUUACUGAGAGAAUAGUUACUGAAAUUGAUGGUGUUUUACAAACUAAAGAUGCCGAAGUAAUUGGAUACAACUACAAUGGAUUUGGAAUGUACUACUUAACAUCAAUAUUGGCAGAUCCAACUGAAGACAGACAUACAGUAACAG